CAGCAAGAGGAGGGGCGGUAAAGCGGGGGGUGCGGCGGCGAGGGCCUGAGCGCUGCGGGAAUGACCCGGCACCCGGCCCCUGACAGCAGCCUCGCCCCAUGCCAGCCUCCCCGCCCCACGCCAGCCUCCCCGCCCCACGGGCAUCCCGGCCCCUGCCCACCGCCGUGCCGGAGCGCAGCGAGACCCACCCGGCGCGCCCCGACCUGAGCUGGGCUCGGCGCUGCCCCGGCGCGGGUGACAGCGCCCGAGAGGCCUCCCGGGAGGAUGGAGGAGAAAAGAAUGCUGCGCGACUUCUUUGAAGAGGAGAACCUUACCAGUUCCAGGGAGGAGAGCAUUAAAGGUGAUUUGAAAACGUUUUGGACACGAUUGGGAGGCAGAAGAGUGGAUGUCAUAUUUGAGCAGGUGCAAAAUGUGCUGCUGUUGCUAAAGGAAAAGAUCAAGAAUGGAACUGCCACAAACCAAGAAUGCUGGCAGGCUUGGGCACUGGUGAACGAAGCUAAUUUAAGUGAUCUCUUAACUUUGACAAACGUAAAUGAUGGGUUUGAUGGAGAUGGACAACAGGAAACCAAACCCAAAUUGCAGCACCUUCUUGCAGAUGACAAUACUACAAAUGCUGUAGAAGGUUCUGACAGUAGCAGAAAAGAGGAGAUGGAAAGAGCAUGUUCAGGGAGUCAAAAAGCAUCUAGCAAAAUUCAACACUUACCUUUAAACCUACCGUAUCAGAACCACAAGUGCUCUAGUGCAUGUCUUGCCAAGAGAGCAGCGGGCUCCUUCAAGGGUGAAAAUCCUCUGAAGAUACCAAUCCUGUUUCACUUCCAAAGACGCCAUGCAAAAGCAGACUGCCUUUCGAAAUCACUGGAUGUGAAUUACAAAGCUCCUUGCGGUCGGAGUCUGAGAAGCUUUCGAGAUGUGCAAAAGUAUUUGUUUGAAACAAAGUGCAAUUUCUUAUUUGUUGAUCACUUUUCCUUCAACACAUAUGUACUGCUGGGCAGGAACACCAUGAAUCCCAAACCCCUCGUGUUUGACUUUGAUAUUAGCAACGGAGCCGAGUCUGUGCCCAUCUCCUUCUGUAACAAUCUUGACCGUGCAAGGUUACCUUAUUUCAAAUACCGGAAGUCAUCGUGGCCACGUGGAUAUUAUCUCAACAACUUCUCCAGCCUGUUUGUGGACUCAUGUGACUGCACAGAUGGCUGCAUCGAUAAGUCAAAAUGUGCAUGCCUACAGCUAACUGCAAGAGGCUGUAGUAAAACUUCUCUAUCUUCAGGUAGUAAAAGAUCCCAUGGAUACCGUUACAAAAGACUGGAGGGACCAGUUCCUAGUGGAAUUUACGAGUGCAGUGUGUUGUGCAGGUGUGACAAGUUGAUGUGUCAGAACAGAGUUGUACAGCACGGCAUUCAAGUCAGGCUGCAAGUGUUCAACACUGAGAAGAAAGGCUGGGGCGUCCGCUGCCUGGAUGAUAUCGACAAGGGGACAUUUGUUUGUACCUACUCAGGCAGAUUAAUGAGCAGAGCUGAAGUAUUGGGAGAUGCUGGUCAAGAGCUGAAAGAGAAGAGUGCUGUGAAUGACAGAAACCAUGGGGGUUUUUCCAAAAAAAGAAAACUUGACACUGAUUGUUCAGAUUCAGUGAUUGAACUAGUGCAGACUGGUAAACAUGACAUUCUUGAGAAUCAGGAACCUUUGUCUCAAACUGUGGAUAGUGAAAAUAAAUCAACCCUGGUUCAUCUAAAGAACUCAAGUAUUGCAACUGCAAGACCUGGAAGAACAGGGUUUUUUCACAAUCACCAGCUAAAAAUGGUGCACAGUGCCAGCUCAGAUGAAGAUAAUAGUUCUCAGAUUCAUCAGUCAAGCAAAACAAAAGUAAACAGUGGAACAAAGAAAGGAAAAGAAAAAUCCACCCGGGAGCAGAAGGAAGAACAUCUGAUGGAAAUCGGGCAGACCGAGUCUGUUGGUGUGGACAGUGAAGGAUGCAAAAGAAAGAGUCUGUCACUGCAGGGUGUUAACUGUGGCAAGUCAGGUGUGCUGGAUGAUGCAUGUGUUGCGAGGCCAUCCAAUAAUAUACCCCUAAAAGCUGACUGCAAAGAGGAAAGUAGCAGGCAGUCAAGUCAAGAUGCAUUUUGUGAGGAGGCUGAUGGAGAUGGGAUGCUUCCAAAGAAUGCUAGUGAAGAAAACAUUUAUGUACUGGAUGCCACAAAAGAAGGAAAUGUGGGUCGUUUUCUAAAUCACAGCUGCUGCCCAAAUCUCUUUGCACAAAGCGUGUUUGUAGAGACUCACAACAGAAGUUUUCCAUGGGUGGCAUUCUUCACAAACAGACAUGUGAAAGCUGGAACUGAACUCACGUGGGAUUAUGGCUAUGAAGCUGGAAGCAUGCCAGAGACAGAGAUUUCCUGUCAGUGUGGAGUUCAGAAGUGCAGGAAAAAAAUCUUAUAGGCAGAGCUUCCCUACUGCCAACACACCUUGUACCCAGGGAUUUAUAUGCUGGACAGGACUACUGCACAGUGAACAGUGCGAUCGAGUCUGUGGUGCUAAUUGCAUUCAAUUAAAAUGCUUUUCACCUGAUUUUUUUUAAAUUUACAUUUAAAUGUCACUUUUGUAGUUUACAGAAUUGGAACUCUUCAUCCUAAGAACAGACAUCAAACUUUUCCUAGAUAAUUUCUGUGCUCCUGGUCUUCCCUCUCCCCUCUUCUCAUCUGCAAGCAAAGUUCACAGUGCACUGGAAGAACUUGUGCUCCAUGCCAUCUGCAGCAGAGACAUGACUGAUUAGAGCAAGAGUUUGUUGGUGUUCUCUGUGUCCUUCCACAGUGCUGAGUUAGUAAAACUUGCUUUUCUGAAACUCAUUGUGAAUGCAAGUCUGCCUGUCUGGGAGCUAGGAAUUGUUAAAAUAGAUCUAAGCCUGAUGGAUCUGGUGGGAGAAAUAAUCUUGAACAGACUUUACAUUAAUCAGAACAGUUUUGCAGAGCUGUGUUUGUGCUGCAAAGUGAGCUGGACAAGUUCUGCCACUACAGGAGAGAAAUGACUGCUUCUUAUUGGGUUUACAGAAUCACAGGAUAUGCUGUGUUGGAAGGGACCCACAAGGAUCAUCGAUUCCAACUCCUCGCCCUGCACCCACUCCCAAGAGUCACACUUGAUUUUGUGCCUGAGAGUAUUGUCCAAAUGCAUCUUGAACUCUGUCAGGCUUAGUGCUGUGACCACUGCCCUGGGGAGCCUGUUCCAGUGACCAGCCACCCUCUGAGUGAAGAAAUCUUUUUCUGUUACCCAACAUAAACCUCGCCUGACACAACUUCAGGCCGUUCCCUCGGGUCCUGUCACCACCUGGUCACCACAGAGAAGAGACCAGUGUCUGACCCUCCUCUUCGCCAUCAUGAGGAAGUUAUAGACUGUGAUGAUGUCUCCCCUCAGCCUCCUCUUCUCCAGGCUGAACAGACCAAGUGCCCUCAGCUGCUUCUCACACGGCUUCCCUUCAAGGCCCUUCACCAUCUUCGCUGCCCUCCUUUGGAUGCUCUCUAAGAGCUUCUUACCUUUUCUAUAUUGUGGUUCCCAAAACUGCACACAAUAUUCAAGGUGAGGCCGUACCAGUGCAGAGCAGAGCGGGACAAUCCCCUCCCUUGACUGGCUGGCGACGCUUUUCCUGAUGCCGACCUCCCAGGGCGUGGUUGGCCCUCCUGGCUGCCAGGGCACUGCUGACUUGUAUUCAACUUGCCAUCGACCAGGACCCCUAGGUCCCUUUCCAGGGUUCUGCUUUCCAGCACCUCAUUUCCCAGUCUGUACAAACAUUCAGGGUUGCCCCAUCCCAGCUGCAGAAUCCAGCACUUCCCCUUGUUGAACUUCAUGUGGUUGGUGAUUGCUCAGCCCUCUGAUUUGUUGAAAUCUGUCUACAGGGCUUCCCUGCCUUCGAGGGACUCAACAGCUCCUCCCAGUUUUGUGUCAUCUGCAAACAUCUGCAGUAUCCAUUCCAGUCCAAUGUCCAAGCCAUUUAUGAAGAUGUUGAAGAGCAUAGGGCCCAAGAUGGAGCCCUGUGGAACCCCACUAGUGACAGGUCACCAGUCUGAUGUCACCCCAUUCACUGUUACCUUCUGUGCUCCACCCGUGAGCCAACUGCUCACCCACCACAUGGUGUGUUUAUCCAGUUGUGUGCUGGACAUUUUGUCCUGAAGGAUCCUGUGAGAGACAGUAUCAAAAGCUUUGCUGAAAUCCAGAAAGAUUACAUCAACUGGCUUCCCUUAAUGAACUAGGUGGGUUACCUUGUCAUAAAAGGCAUCCCUCUCCAUGUUUGUGACACUCAGAGAACUGCUUGAGAAAUCCAGUGUACCUCAUUUCAGUGCUAUGUGUGUAACAUGGGACAAGGGGGCCACAGAAGUCCUUGCCAUGUGGUUUGUUGGUAAUAGAGAAACAGGCUACAUUAGGGGACACUGAGUGCAGAUGCAGGAGGUGACCCUGAAGUGGAGCAAGGGAUGGGUGUACAGGCAUAUGGCUUUUAAAUGUGUUGGAGCCUUGUGCAAAGCAGGAGGUGUUGCAGGCGGGCGAUUUACACCGCUUGAAGAACCACCAGCAAUGGUAUCAGAAAAAAGUGGUUUUAUUAAAGAUGUUGUAACAGUGUUACUUAACAAAGUUUGACGGCAAGGUUUACUCUGUUACUACACAGGAUAUAAUAAUGAUUUAAAAUUACCAACACAAAAACAAUUACCAAUACAAAAUCAAGUGCACUCUAAUACAAGAUUAUGUGCAAUAUCAGUCACUUACCAGGGACCUGUAGUUGGGCAGGGGUCUCCCAGCCUCGAGGAGUAACUGUGAGAGGUGUCCCAGCUGACGGGGAGAUCACUGCCAUGCAGCCAGCUGCUUAGCAGGGAGAGCUCAAAGAAGGCUCACUCAGGCUGUCAUUUAUGGAAUAAAGUGGUUGGCUUGUAGUCAAAUUACCUGCAACGGAAAAGGUCACUGUGAAACUUGUACCCACACCUUGCUUUGUUCCUUGAUAAAUGAGUCUUGGAAGAACCACCUGCUAUUCAUGUGUUAAUUGUAUGGUUGGUGUUCCAAGCCUGUAUGCAUCAGUGCUCACAAAGUAUUUUCAUUGUAUUAUAACUUAAAGUUCUAUUCUUUGGCCAUUUUUCACCAUCAUCCAAAGAGUACAAAGGCCACCAGUUAUUACAAUAUUCAAUUAACUGCUCUCUCUGGAGAGAGAGCCUCCUGUUGCACCUCCCACCUCCCUCCACUCUUUCAAAAUACAUCCUAGGGAUGAUUUCUCCAAAGCCCCCCCUUUUGAUGAUUGACCAGAACCCUUCAUAGAAUAUAGUAAAACACAGUUACAUUUCCUUCUGAGAGUGACGUGCAACAGCCACUCACACUUUUGGCCCUGAGGGGUGUGCAAAACCUGCUCACACUUUUUAACCUUCCGUAGGGCUGGCACUCUGGGUGUCCCCAUCAUAAUGUGCAAACUAGCCCAAAACCUAGUUUCCAAGUUCCCUUUAAUUAAUCCAGCAAGACUUUCCAGCAGCCUUGUUAUGCCCCCCCAGUAAUGCCUUACUAAAGCCCAGGGGCCAUGCCCUGAACUAAACAGAUCAGGGGACUGGAGGAUCUCCUUGGAAAACCUUUAGCGUGUUCUGGAGUCCUCUCGAUUCUGUGAAUCCGUCAAGCAUUGGUUGCAGGGUUCCAUCUGGAUCACCAGAAAUUGUCACUGAAAAUGUUGGGAAAAUAAAACUCUGUAACACUGUAAUUUCAGUAUUUUAGAAAGCUGAGCAGGCAUUACAGUUUCUUUGGCUCAAGGUGCGUGGGGGAAUUGCUCCUCCUGACACAUGCACACCAAUAAUCAAAACUUUUAACUAUUUAUACACUUUAGCAAAUCAAGAAAUUAGUGUUCAUUGGCUGCAAGUUACAUUGUUCCCAUAUUCAUAUUCUAUCUUCUAUCAGUUAAUGAUUCUCUCUCUUCUCAUGCUUAUUAGUUGCAUGCUCAGUUUCUCCUUUCUUUAGGGUCAUUGGGUUUCCUGGUCUGUGGAUCAGUGGCCUCUGAUCCCCCCUGCCAGAAUUACCUUUUAUGCACUUGGGGCUGAUUUCAGCACAGUCACUUGUUUCUUCCUUAUCUCAUGAGUUCUGCCAAAUGUCCUUGUGGCCUGUAAAUUCUGCAUUCUUUCUGUCCCGCUUUCAGUGCUACAUCCUUCUUCCCAAACUAUGUCAACCUCCUCUCCCAGGUCUGCAAUCAUCAAAAGCAUGCAAUCACUGAAGCAUGCCAUGUCCUAAACUUCAAUUUGUUUUUCUAACAUCUGGACAUCACUUAAAUCUUGUUUGUUGGCUGCCAUCUCUUUCAUGGAUUGAAUCUUCCUUCUUGUUCAUUAGUCUUGAAGGUUACAAAGAUCAAACAUCAAAGAACAUUCUUUCUUAAGAAUUUUUUUUUUCCCUCGUACAACGCUAUUUGUUACAAAUAAAGAUUUUCCCAACAGC